GAGGAGCGGCAGAACUUUUAUAGCUGUUAAAGUGCAGGAGAAGCCUGCAGGGUCCCCGAGUCCCAUCGCGAGCUUGCUGCCUUGCCCCAAGCAUGGAGCCCGGGACCCCAUCUCCCACCCUGCACUUCGCACUGCUGGUGCCUGAGCCUGGGGCUGGGAGCUUGGAGCCUGGACCCCACCCCUGAAGCUGGAGUUGGGACCCUGGAGCCCGGACCCUGAGGCUGGUGCUGGGACCCUGGAGCGGGUGGACCCCACCCCUGAGGCUGGAACUGUGUCCCUGGAGUCUGGCCCCCUGCCCCUGAAGCUGGGAGCCUGGACCCUGAGGCUGGAGCUGGGACCCUGGAGCCUGGACCCUGAGGCUGGAGCUGGGACUCUGGAGUGGGUGGACCCCACCCCUGAGGCUGGAACUGGGUCUCUGGAGUCUGGACCCCACCACUGAGACUGGAGCUGGGACCCUGGAGCCUGGACCCCACCCCUGAGGCUGUUGCUUGGGCCUGAGCUCUGGGGCGGUGUCUGGAGCCUCUGGGGGUGUGUAUGCAGGGCUGACUUCCCCUUACCCCCGCAGCAGUUUUAUGGCUCCCUCCUCCCUAAGGAUGAAUUCUGGCCAGAGGUUGCUGAGCCCGGAGACAGCCCAGGCGGAGACCAGCAAAGGAGUGGCCGCCCUAGCCAAGGGGAGCCCCAUUGCUGAGGAGCAGCUGCCCAGGAUGGGCUCCAAGGCAGUGGGAUGCAGGGGCCAAACCACCUCCAGCCCUCUGCUGCCUUUCAGUGUGGAGUCCCUGCUGAUCACGGAGCGCAAGCUGUGUCCCCGGAGCAGUCGCCCGCACCAGCCACCCCCUGCUGCCACUGCUGAAGUGCCACCCGCCCGGGCCCGGAGCAGCUUGUACACAGCGGAGUCAGGCCAAGAUUUCCCGGAGCAGCGGGCUAAGCAGCAGCUACCAGCAGUGGAGAGUCCGGGUGACAAGGAGCCCAACUCCUGGUUUGCAAAAUCUGCCUGUUCUCCACCAAGGCAGCCCAGCCCUCCACCCUGCACUCUGAGGAAGCACAAGAACAAUCGCAAGCCCCGCACGCCCUUCACCACCUCGCAGCUGCUGGCGCUUGAGAGGAAGUUCCGGCAGAAGCAGUAUCUGUCCAUCGCUGAGCGGGCCGAGUUCUCCAGCUCCCUCAAUCUCACAGAGACCCAGGUCAAGAUCUGGUUCCAGAACCGCAGGGCUAAGGCCAAGAGGUUACAGGAAGCAGAGCUGGAGAAGCUCAAACUGGCCACCAAGCCCUUGCUGCCCUCUUUUGCCCUGCCCUUCCCGCUGGGGGCACACCUGGGCUCCCCCUCCCUGUACGGAGCCACCAGCACUUUCCCCAGCAGAGCAGCCCUGCAGCCUGUCCCAGGUCUCUUCACAGCGCCAGUCACCUAUGGCAUGUACUACCUAUCCUAACAACCUGGUGCAGGGGCUAGGCUCUGUGUACAGCGCUUGGGUCAAAGUGCCCCCGGCCUGCGCUACUGCACACGGGGCGAGCAGCACAAUAUGCGAGCCGGCAAACCCACUUCUUCACUGGCUGCUGAUUGUGGACUAGCCCCCUUCUGACCAGCAUGCACUGAGUGGCUUACGGCUGCCAAGGGUCAGUCCCUGGCUGUGGAACAGCAGGCGAAAAUCCACUGGGAAUAGUGUUUGGGCUUCAACGCUAAGGAUCGCUGCCUCUCAGAUUGUAGGCAAGAAAAAGUUCCUUCCCCAUGGGCUCCCUCACUGCAGCACCCCAAUGCAAUGCACUUGCUUCCCAGCCCAGCUGGCACAGGGCUGACUUUAGCUCUGAACUGUGUCAGGUUCCUCUUGAUCCUGGUGUGAAUCUGAUCCUGUCUUCCAGCCUCUGAACAGGGGAGACCCAAUCACAGUACAACAGGAAGUUCCCAUCUCCCUGUAUUGGUCUCUGAUGGCCUUUUCUGUUAGCAUCUCCCUCUCCCAAGCAUAUCCUAGUCUAGGGGAGCUUGUCCCUGAGUGUUUACAAUAACUACAAGUCACUGGUCUCGAUGCUGGGGUUGCAGAGAGCAGGUCUCUGGCCUUUGCUGAUCUGACUGAUUCAGCGUGAUGAUACUGUGUGGCUUGAACACCCAUGGAUGUGAUUGUGCUUGAAACUGACACUGCAGCACUGCAUGAGAAGCCUGGUGCUUCCCCUGAUGCUGCAUGGCAGAGCACAAGGUGUUGAAGAGCAACGAGAAUAAAACAGCACAAAGCAGAGACUGCUCCCCCCUGCACCCCUAACACACACACAUUCUUCCAGAACCAGCUUGGGUUUGAUUAAUCAGCCCUCCUCAGUGACCUCCUCCCCCCACUCCCGACUACCGCUCCGCAAGGAGCCUCCUGGCAUGAAUGAGUUCCGCCCAGUCAUGACUUCAAGGUAUGGGACCAACAGGGCUGCCAAGAGCGGGCUUGGUCCUCUGUAAAAAAAAAAUUUUCGGGCCUCCCAGCAAGGGCGGACCAGCUAAACAGGGCCAAUGGGGGCGGGGAGGGGAAGCCGGGCUCCCUUCCGGACCGCUGAGCCAUGGUAAUUUGUACUGGCUCUCUUCCCCCCCACCCCCCAUCGGCCCUGGGGACCAAUGGGCCUGACUCUGCUGCCAUUAUCCAUGAGCAGCUGGCCUCACGGAGUCACCCCAUUGGGGGAUGGAGCUCUGCCGGGCCCAUGCUGCCCUCCCUGGGGCUGGCAGUGACUCAAGGCCAGGUCCCUUAGUGCUCUCUUGCUGUAAAUAGGUGACAGUCUGAUUUUUGUAUGGGUCACUAGGGGGCUGUAUUUGAGGAUGCUAAGCUGUUUAUAGGUGAGUUCUCGCUAGGACUCACAGGUGUGUCUACGCUGUGUGCAUUUCAGCCCAUGUGAAAGGCGCAGAGCUAAUUCCAUGUACAUAGUUUGGGUUUUGUACAGAGCCCUGAAUGGGCUGGGACAGAAAUCUCCCUGUUUUGUACAAAGCAGUCAGUCAAUAAAGCCUCUAAGUUAAUCAAG